GCCAUGUUAUCGGUAAAGCAGCGCUGUGUCUUUCUUUCUUUUUGACCACGUUCCGUGCGAGUCGUAUGAAAUGAAUAUGAACCUGACGAUUUCAAAAAAACGCAAGUUCGUCUCCGACGGCAUCUUCAAGGCGGAGUUGAACGAAUUCCUCACCCGUGAGCUCGCCGAGGAUGGCUACUCCGGCGUCGAGGUGCGUGUGACGCCCUCUCGCACCGAGAUCAUUAUCAUGGCCACGAAAACCCAGCAGGUUUUGGGUGAGAAGGGACGCCGCAUUCGUGAGUUGACCGCCAUGGUUCAAAAGCGUUUCAACUUCGAGUCGAACCGCAUUGAGCUGUACGCCGAGAAGGUCGCUACACGCGGUCUCUGCGCCAUUGCGCAGGCCGAGUCGCUGCGCUACAAGCUGACCGGUGGUCUGGCCGUGCGUCGCGCCUGCUAUGGUGUGCUGCGAUUCAUCAUGGAGUCCGGUGCCAAGGGCUGUGAGGUUGUUGUGUCCGGCAAACUGCGCGGUCAACGUGCCAAAUCGAUGAAGUUCGUCGACGGACUCAUGAUUCACUCCGGUGAUCCAUGCAACGAUUAUGUGGAGACUGCCACACGCCACGUGCUGCUCCGCCAAGGUGUGCUUGGCAUCAAGGUCAAGAUCAUGUUGCCCUACGAUCCCAAGAACAAAAUUGGACCCAAGAAGCCAUUGCCAGACAAUGUGUCCGUUGUGGAGCCCAAGGAGGAGAAGAUCUAUGAGACUCCAGAGACCGAAUACAAAAUUCCACCACCCAGCAAACCUUUGGAUGAUCUGUCCGAGGCGAAAGUUUUGUAAAAUUAUGUUUACUGUUUAACGCAAAAUGGUGAAGUUGAGAUAAAUACAACAACAACAACAAGUAAAUUCAAAUGAGGAUUUAAUAAACAUAAACAAAGUAA